CUGUCGGGGGGAUACUAUUACUACCUCCCUCUGUAUAUGAAGAAAAUCAAGGAUCAGAGAGCUAAGAAGAUGGCUUUACUAGGUCUUGUAGUGGCAGAGCAAGGAUGUGAACUCACAUCUUUCCUCCUGCGGAGCCUGCAGCAUUAACCCUUGUCCAGUACUGCCUUCCUGGCAGGGGACACCCAGACAGCCACAAUGCAGGGCAAAGAGAGGCGAGCACCAAGUGCUGUGGCAACACAGAGGACAGAGAUCCUGCUCAGGCACGGUCGAGGGGAGUGAGCUGGAGAGGAGAGAAAAGAGUGUAGAGAAUCACGCUCAGCUAUUGUGCUGGCCUUUGAAGGAUGCACAGUCUUUGACAUCAGAUCCCCUGGGACCCUCAAGGAGCACUAGUGCCCGGAACACACUGAGGCAUGGCAGGGAGGACAGCCCUGCAGCCUGCCGGCCCUCACCCACAUCGGCUGCUAGCUCUGUCCUGCUGAGCCACUCCGUCUGGAGACCCCAGGACAGCACCUGCCUCCUGAGGUUGUCCUGGCACAGUCGUCCACAGCGAUGGUGGAGAACUGGACUCCACAGACUCACAACCUUCCCGUCAGGCUUCAGGGGCCAGCAUCCUUCAUCCUGGGACUGGCGGCCCUGAACAAUGGCUGAGGGCCAGGGGACCCCAUAAAAUCACACCACAGCUCACGGGGGCCAGUAGCGUUCCAGUGCCCGUGGACUAUGACCACCUAUCGGCCCAUUCCCAAUGAUGGUGUGGACCUGGCAGCCAGUUGUGGGGCCAGGGGGGCCGACGUCCUCCCCGGGCCCCACGCAGGGGACUAUGCUCCCAUGGGAUUCUGGGUUCAGAACGGCGGGGUGCCCCAGCCCAUGGGGGAGAGCCCCGUCGGCGCCACCACCCGCCCCAGCCCCACCACCCCCGCAGUGCCCAAGAUGGGUGUGCGCGCGCGAGUGGCCGACUGGCCGCCCAAGCGGGAGGCCCUGCGGGAGCAGAACAACCCCAGCCCCUCCCAGGACGCCGACGGCGCCAAGGCCACGAAGGUGGCCCAUCCCAUGAGGAGCGUACAGAACGGACAGCCCCCGGCCAGCGCCCCGGCUUCCUCGGGGCCCAAAGCCUUCCACCGACUCUCCAGGAGAAGGUCCAAAGACGUGGAAUUCCAGGACGGGUGGCCGCGGUCCCCCGGCAGGGCCUUCCUGCCCCUGCGGCACCGCAGCAGCAGCGAGAUCACCCUGAGCGAGUGUGACGCGGAGGACGCGGGGGAGCCUCGGGGGCCGCGGCACACGGGGGCCCUGCCCCUGUUCCGGGAGUACGGGAGCACGUCCUCCAUCGACGUGCAGGCCGUGCCGGAGCAGAGCUUCUUCGACAUUCUCAACGAGUUCCGCAGCGAGCAGCCCGAGGCCGCGGGCCCGCAGAGCCUCCGCGAGCUGCUGCAGGCCGAGCCCGGGCCCCACGCGCCGGGGGGCAGCGGCGGGGCCAGGGGGGACCCCCGCAACGGGCAGCCGGCCAAGGAGAAGGAGAAGGCCCGGAAGAAGGCGGCGCGCGGCCUGGGCGGCGACGCCGCGGACUCCUCCAUCUUCCGGAAGCUGCGCAGCGCGAAGGCGGACGGCGAGGCGGGCCGGGCCCCGGGGGAGGCGGAGGAGGGCCGCAGCCCGCCCGAGGCCGGCCGCCCGUGGGUCUGCCAGAAGAGCUUCGCGCACUUCGACGUGCAGAGCAUGCUGUUCGACCUCAACGAGGCGGCGGCCAACAGGGUGGCCACGGCGCAGCGGCGCAACACCACCACGGGCGCCUCGGCCGCCUCCGCCACGGCGGCGCUGUCGGCGGCGCGGGCCCACGGCCUGGGCGGCCUGGACGCCGCCUUCCCCAGCACGGAGGACCUGAACUGCAAGGAGAACCUGGAGCAGGACCUGGGCGACGACAACAGCAACGAGCUGCUGCUCAGCUGCCCGCACUUCCGCAACGAGAUCGGCGGCGAGUGCGAGCGCAACGUGAGCUUCUCGCGGGCGGCCGUGGGCUCCCCGGGCGGCGGCGGCGGCGGUGGCGGCGGCGGCGAGGGUCGCUCGUCCGAGCCCGCGCUCAGCGCGCACCGCACCAACGCCAGCAUCUCGGUGCUGGAGGUGCCCAAGGAGCAGCAGAGGACGCAGAGCCGCCCGCGGCAGUACAGCAUCGAGCACGUGGACCUGGGCGCCCGCUACUACCAGGACCACUUCGUGGGCAGAGAACAUGCCAAUUACUUUGGUGUGGAUGAGAAGCUGGGACCAGUGGCUGUGAGCAUCAAACGGGAGAAGUUGGAGGACCACAAGGAUCAUGGGCCUCAGUACCAGUACAGGAUCAUCUUCCGGACCCGUGAGCUCAUCACCCUGCGGGGCUCCAUCCUGGAGGAUGCCACACCCACUGCCACGAAGCACGGGACAGGCCGGGGCCUGCCCCUGAAGGAUGCCCUGGAGUACGUCAUCCCCGAGCUCAACAUCCACUGCCUGCGGCUGGCUCUCAACACUCCCAAGGUGACCGAGCAGCUGCUGAAGCUCGACGAGCAAGGGCUAUGCCGGAAGCACAAAGUGGGCAUCCUCUACUGCAAGGCCGGCCAGAGCUCAGAGGAGGAGAUGUACAACAACGAGGAAGCCGGCCCUGCCUUUGAGGAGUUCCUGUCCCUGAUUGGGGAGAAGGUCUGCCUGAAGGGCUUCACCAAGUACGCUGCCCAGCUGGAUGUCAAGACUGACUCCACGGGCACCCACUCCCUCUACACGACAUACCAGGACUACGAGAUCAUGUUCCAUGUCUCCACCCUGCUCCCGUACACCCCCAACAACAGGCAGCAGCUACUAAGGAAGAGGCACAUAGGAAACGACAUUGUGACGAUCAUCUUCCAGGAGCCAGGGGCGCUGCCUUUUACCCCCAAGAACAUCCGUUCACACUUUCAGCACGUCUUCAUCAUCGUCCGAGCCCACAACCCCUGCACUGAUAAUGUCUGCUACAGUAUGGCUGUGACCCGAUCCAAAGAUGCUCCUCCUUUCGGUCCCCCCAUCCCCAGUGGAACCACAUUCCGCAAAUCUGACGUCUUCAGAGACUUCUUGCUGGCCAAGGUGAUUAAUGCCGAGAACGCUGCGCACAAGUCCGACAAAUUCCACACCAUGGCCACCAGGACCCGUCAGGAGUACCUCAAGGACCUGGCUGAAAACUGUGUCUCCAACACACCCAUUGACUCCACUGGCAAAUUUAACCUCAUCUCCUUGACCUCCAAGAAAAAGGAGAAGACAAAAGCAAGGGCAGGCGCUGAGCAGCACAGCGCAGGGGCCAUCGCCUGGAGGGUGGCGGCUCAGGACUAUGCCCAGGGGGUAGAAAUCGACUGCAUCCUGGGGAUUUCCAACGAGUUUGUGGUGCUCCUGGACCUGCGUACCAAGGAGGUGGUAUUCAACUGCUACUGUGGGGAUGUCAUUGGCUGGACCCCAGAUUCCUCAACGCUCAAAAUCUUCUAUGGACGAGGGGACCACAUCUUCCUGCAGGCCACAGAGGGCUCUGUGGAGGACAUAAGGGAAAUCGUCCAGAGACUGAAGGUCAUGACCAAUGGCUGGGAGACGGUGGACAUGACCCUGCGGCGGAACGGGCUUGGGCAGCUGGGCUUCCACGUGAAGUACGAUGGGACAGUGGCCGAGGUGGAGGACUACGGGUUUGCCUGGCAGGCCGGCCUCCGGCAAGGCAGCCGACUGGUGGAGAUCUGCAAGGUGGCUGUGGUCACGCUGACCCACGAUCAGAUGAUCGACCUCCUGCGCACCUCUGUCACCGUCAAGGUGGUCAUCAUCCCGCCUUUCGACGACGGCACACCCCGGAGGGGGUGGCUGGAGACCUAUGACAUGAAUACCUCGGAGCCCAAGACGGAGCCGGAGAGCGUGCCUCCCGGGAGCCGGCCCCCCUACCGCAGCAAUGCCCCCUGGCAGUGGAGCGGGCCUGCCUCCCACAACUCUCUACCAGCCUCCAAGUGGGCCAACCCCGGCACCCCCGGCCACGCCCAGUCCCUGAGCCGGCCCCCGAAGCAGACCCCCAUGGUCCCCUUCCGGGAGCCCCAACCCCUGCACAGCAAGAGGCCUGUCAGCUUCCCAGAAACCCCUUACACAGCAUCACCAGCAGGGGCCGACAAAGUCCCUCCCUACCGACAGCCUUCUGGGAGCUUCUCCACCCCCGGCUCGGCCACCUACACGAGAUACAAGCCAUCCCCAGAAAGGUAUGCAGCCGCCUCACACCCACUGCUGUCCUUCGAUCCUCACUUCAGCCACGAUGGGAUGUCCAGCGGCGACUCCUCCUCGGGCGGCUUGACCAGCCAGGAGAGCACCAUGGAGCGUCAGAAGCCAGACGUAGAGAGAGAGGCAGAGACACAGACAGAGGGAGAAGCAGGCUCCAUGCCUGGAGCCCGACGCGGGACUCGAUCCUGGGACUCCAGAACCGUAAUAGAGCCUUUGUGGCAUGUGCCCGCCCAGGCCCGGCUCUCAGCCAUGGCUGGAAGCAGUGGGAGCAAGCACGCCUCCAGGCAGGACGCAGCAGGCAAAGAUUCCCCCAACAGGCAUUCCAAAGGGGAGCCUCCCUACUCCAGUCACUCCAGCAGCAACACCCUCUCCAGCAAUGCAUCCAGCAGCCACAGUGACGACCGCUGGUUGGACCCCCUGGACCCCCUGGAGCCAGAGCAAGACCCCCUCUCCAAGGGUGGCUCCAGCGACAGCGGCAUUGACACUACCCUGUACACCUCCAGCCCCAGCUGCAUGUCCCUGGCCAAGGUGCCCCGGCAGACAAAGCCGCACAAGCCCCCGGGAAGCAUGGGCCUCUGUGGGGGCGGACGUGAGACCGCCGGGCGAUCCCACCACACAGACAGACGGCGGGAGGUCUCACCAGCCCCGGCGGUUGCUGGCCAAGCCAAGGGCUACCGCCCGAAGUUGUACUCCUCAGGCUCCAGCACCCCUACGGGCCUGGCGGGGGGUAGCCGCGACCCACCCAGGCAGCCCAGUGACAUGAGCUCGCGGGCAGGCUACCCCGCUCAGGUUUACAAAACAGCCAGCGCAGAGACUCCUCGGCCUUCCCAGCUGGCCCAGUCCAGCCCCUUCCAGCUCUCCGCCUCCGUCCCUAAGUCCUUCUUCUCCAAGCAGCCCGUUCGCAAUAAGCACCCCACGGGGUGGAAGAGGACAGACGAGCCCCCGCCACGGCCACUCCCCUUCACCGACCCAAAGAAGCAGGUGGACACGAGUACGAAAAACGUCUUCGGGCAGCCGCGGUUGAGGGCAUCCCUCAGAGACCUCCGCUCCCCACGGAAGAACUACAAAUCCACCAUCGAGGACGACCUGAAGAAACUCAUCAUCAUGGACAACCUGGCGCCUGAGCAGGAGAGAGAUGCGGGAUCACCACAGAAGAGCCUGCAGCGGACGCUGUCAGAUGAGAGUCUGUGCAGCGGGCGGCGGGAACCCAGCUUCGCCAACCCCGCCAGCCUGGAGCCGGGCCUGCCCAGUGACGUGCUCUUCACCAGCACCUGCGCCUUCCCCUCCAGCACGCUGCCCGCCCGACGCCAGCACCAGCACCCCCACCCGCCGGGCGGCAGCAGCCCUAGCACUGUCCCCACAACCGGCAGCAACGGCUUCCCAGAGAAGAAAUCCACCAUCUCCGCCUCGGAGCUCUCACUGGCCGAUGGCCGGGAACGGCCGCUGCGACGCCUUGACCCCGGGAUGAUGCCACUGCCUGACACAGCUGCUGGCCUUGAGUGGUCCAGCCUGGUGAAUGCGGCCAAGGCCUACGAAGUGCAAAGAGCUGUUUCGCUCUUCUCCCUCAACGACCCAGCUCUGAGCCCAGAGAUCCCACCUGCACACAGUCCUGUCCACAGCCACCUGAGCCUGGAGAGGGGGCCCCCAACCCCCAGGACCACCCCUACCAUGAGCGAAGAACCUCCCCUGGAUCUGACAGGCAAGGUGUACCAGCUGGAGGUGAUGCUGAAGCAACUGCACACCGACCUCCAGAAGGAGAAGCAGGACAAGGCCGUGCUGCAGUCCGAGGUGGCCAGCCUGCGACAGAACAACCAGCGCCUGCAGGAGGAGUCGCAGGCUGCCAGCGAGCAGCUGCGCAAGUUCGCGGAGAUCUUCUGCAGGGAGAAGAAGGAGCUGUGACGCGGAGCAGCCCCCCAGCCCCUGCGCGGGCCAGCUGGGGGCUCCUGCUCUCCCGGCCCCCAAAGCUCGCUGCCUGCCCGUGCAGGUGUGACCAAGACAACCCAGCCAGGGCCCCACUGCCCUCCUUGCGGACGCGGCCACCGGCCGGCAGUGGGCCUCACCGGGCUGGGAGCUGCGGUCUGCUGGGACCUACAGCCCCACAAGCUGGUGCGGUCGCAGGGCCCCUCGGAACCGCCCAUCUCUGGUCCCUGGGAACUGGACCGCGCCCACACCAGGCCCCAGGCGGCCCGUCUAGCCUCUUCCGAGGACCAAGCCCUCAGAAGCUGUAGGAGGGGCAGAGGGAGGGCAGGAGUGCAUCUCCAAACCCCGCAGCUCCAGGAGUCCACAAACCAGGUUUCUUCACCGCGGACAACAGAGUUUGGGCUUGUGGGGCCAAGCCCCCUGCAUGAAAAACCAGUGUGAAACUGGCCCGCGCUCCCCCCAGGCCCCUAGAGAGAGGAGGGCCUGUGUGGAAAGGGCCAGGGCUCUCACUCCCGGUGCACUAGCUCCAGAAAAGCACGAACAUUAACCCCUUCCGACCUUAUUCUUCCAAAAAGCAGCCAGGAGCACUUUCUUAGAAUAUUCUUUUCUUGAGACCCCAGGAUGGAGAGAGGAAACCCCAGCAUCCAGAGGCAGCAUCUUUGAGGGGAAACUCUAUUUGCACACUCGGGACCGUUUAUACAAGUCUUUUUUUCUAUCAGCCCCUCACCACCAGAGGCCACAGUGCCUGGGCCACCCCCCUUCCAGCUCCUGCCCUGGCCCAGGCGGCAAAGCCUCAUCUCUCCCCUCCCCCAGCCCCACCAGCUCCAACCGCACAGCCAGGGCCUCUCCCGGGCACCAGGAGGGGCUCCACGGCCGGGGUCAGGGCUGGCCAGAAGACAGCCUUCAUCUCCUCUCUGGUGGUGGUUUCCCUUCUCAACCAAGCGGACAUCGGACACCCUCACUGUGUUCCCCGGGGAGUGCUUUGCUGUGAGCCCCCACUAGACGCUGCUUCUCUAAAGGCAAUAAGGGGGAGCUUGCCAGUCAGCCAAGCCAGAGUGGUACUACGCUGUUCACCCAGGAAACAAGAGUUUCUUUUUUUCCUUUAAAAAAAAAAGAUAUAUAUAUAUAUAUAUAUAUUUAUUUUUUCAUGUAGAGUUGCGCCAGAACAAGGCUUGUAUGGCCACGAUCUGUGGAUCCCCCCCAACCUCACGCUGAGGAUCGAGGCGUGUCCCCCCAUGGGCUGGGACUCAGUGGGAGGACUCCAAGGGGUAAAGUCAGGGUGGGCAGGCCGGUGGGCUUUCCCAUUUGGGGAGGCAGCAGGCCGAGGGGGGGCGGCUAGCCCCGCUCCAAGCAGCACUCUCUGGGCUGGAAGCCAGCACCAGGUGGCCCAGCCCUUGUCCAGAGACCCCACCGCUUUCUCUUGGGGGCCAGAAACCUCAGGGAAGGGGGCUGUGGGGACCGCACGGGACACAGGCACUCAGGUGCCAGGCUGGACGGGAAGGUGCCAGGCUGGGCUGGCAGGGGCAAGAGCAAAGGGCACUCUUGUCUCCCUGCCAUCAACCUCUGACCCCAGCAGCACUGCAGUCCCGCAGGAAGCCCUCAGACCUGCCAUCGCCUGUCCCUCCCCCGUGGAGUGAGAGGAGGGCCGCAAAGUGGGGCCUGUGUGAUCCUCAGCCCUGGCCAACUACUGUGAUCUCUCCGCCCCUCUUCCCCACCCCCUCUCUGGAAGGGUUCUCCAGGACCACGAGGUGCCCUUCCCUCAGACCCUAACCUGGAGGCUGCCCCCCCCCCCCUUUUUUAAGUUCUCCUCACAUCUUCAGAUCAUUCGAAUCGUUUUUGGGGACCUAAUCAUGUACAUUGACAAGUGUAAAUUAUGAUUUUUUGGCUUUGUUUUCUGUUAUUUUUUAAGGAUCUCUGCAAAACUAUUUAAUUUGAGGUUGGUGUUCUAUCUGAAGGUUUGAAGAUAGGGGUUUUUUCAUAUGUUGAUUUGUUUCGUUUGGAUUUUUUUUAUUCUCCAUUGUCUUUUUUUUUUUUUUCCCCCUAUCCCUGUCUUGAAAUUUUCUGGCAUGUUUCUGGAGGUUUCAAAGGAAAUAAAUGUUUCAUAGAAAUGGC